CGGAGGGGUACGCGGGAUCCGACAGCCGGUGGGUCCAGGCCAUGGGGCAGCUCUGGGCGGUGGGGAGCGCGGAGGGGACGCCCGCGCGGCUGCCUCUCGUGCUCACUGCGCUGUGGGCCGCGGCUGUGGGCCUGGAGCUGGCCUAUGUGCUGGUUCUGGGUCCCGGGCCGCCCCCGCUGGGACCCCUGGCUCGGGCCUUGCACCUAGUGCUGGCCGCCUUCCAGCUGCUCAACCUGCUGGGCAACGUGGGGCUCUUCCUGCGCUCGGACCCCAGCAUCCGGGGCGUGAUGCUGGCCGGCCGCGGUCUGGGCCAGGGCUGGGCGUGA